AUGCGCAAGAAACGAGGUGUCGGGACCAGCCGAAUCUUGCUCGUGCUCUUGAUCCCACCUACGUUUCACCCCUGGUAUUCGCAACUCGAAAGAUUUGCCAUCAAGCUCGCAAUCCUCCAAAGGCAUCGUCGAUUUCAGCGAGAUGAAGACGCCGUUUGGUGUACACGUCUAAGUCAGGCCAAUAGUAGCCAACUCCUGCAGAUCAAAGGCAGCGGGCACGCCAAGAAUCAAAGAUUUUUCUCGACGCCCGAUGUCCAGAUCACUAUGACACGCUUUCGACGAGGUCACAUACAAUUCUGCGACACAGACGGUGGUGGCGGAGUAUGCGGUGGGCGUUCAUGGCCGAGUAAUCAAUACGAGGUUGCUAUCGAUUAUGUGCUUGCGUACGAGCUGGUAGUCCUGCAUAACUGUGCAGCCGUCAAAUUCUGUGCAGAAGUUACCGAUCCCAGAACUGCGAUUAUACCAGCAGUGAGGUAUGCCAUCCACAACCUCUCCCACUAUCGAGACUUUAUAUCCACUCAAAUGUUCUACAUUGCCCCCAUCCCUCCUUUGAUAAUUUCCUCAGCAUACCUCACACCUCGUUCCUUCACCGACCUCAUCAACCCGACGUUUGCUUCCAUCGAUACCGGCGCGUUCGUCAACUUGCGGGAUUACUCCCGGCUCACGAGUCUGACUAGGCCCGUAAUCAACGAUAUCCCCACACUCGAGUCUCCGAGCCUACCAUCCCAAGCAUCAUCGACGAUCUCACCCCUCUUCACAUAUGCUCCCGCAGGAUCCUCCGCAUACCCAGGCAUGCGCAUCGAUGUCGUAUUUUCCACCGGCUUCACCUUGGAAUGGGUGCAGGAAGAGGACGACGAUGUGUUUCAUGAUGCAGCGAGGAUGUUUGGGGCAGGGGACGGUGAAGAGGAUGCAGGCUGUGAAGGAGAGGGCGGAUCCGGAGGGAGUGAUGCGGUUGACGGGGGAGUUCAACAUAUGUUCAAGUUAACACCGAUCUUGACUUGA